AUGGCGUCAACUCAAGCUUCUUUCCACUCAAACAGCCUACAAGAGACCGUCCGCCCGUUAGCAGCCUUUCCGGAAAACAUUUGGUCUGAUCGUAUCGCUCCGUUUACUCCCGAUAAGGAGGAACAUGAAAUGUAUGAAAGAGAGAUUGAAAUGUUGAAGGCAGAAGUGAAUAGCAUGCUUUUGGCAACCGGAAAGACCGUGAUGGAGAGAUUCGACUUUAUAGACAAAAUAGAACGACUUGGUGUCUCGCAUCACUUUGAUAUCGAGAUUGAAAACCAAAUACAAGAAUUCUUUGAUGUGUAUACCAACUUUGGGGAGUAUUCAGCUUAUGAUUUAUCUAGUGCAGCGCUUCAAUUCCGACUUUUUAGACAGCAUGGUUUCAAUGUCUCUUGUGGCAUCUUUGACCAAUUCAUUGAUGCUGAGGGUAAGUUCAAGGAAUCCUUAUGCUAUGACACAAGGGGUUUGUUGAGUCUAUAUGAAGCUAGUCACGUUAGAACACAUGGAGACGAAAUUUUAGAAGAAGCUCUUGCUUUCACAACCACUCAUCUGACGUCUGGAGGACCCCAUUUGGAUUCUACUCCUGCAAAACAAGUGAAAUAUGCCCUUGAGCAGCCGUUGCAUAAGGGCAUCCCUAGAUACGAGGCCUGGCGUUACAUCUCCAUCUAUGAGGAAGAUGAAUCUCACAAUAAAGUAUUGCUGAGGCUAGCCAAGUUGGAUUACCACUUGUUGCAGAUGUCAUAUAAAGAAGACCUUUGUGAGAUAACAAGGUGGGGAAAGGAAUUGGAGAGUGUAUCGAAAUUUCCAUAUGCAAGGAGCAGAUUUGUGGAAUGCUACUUCUGGGCUGUUGGAGCCUUGUAUGAACCUCAGUACUCUCUUGCUCGAAUGACUACAGCGAAAGCAGGAGCCGUUCUUACAAUGAUCGAUGACAUCUAUGAUGCUUAUGGCAAUCUUGAUGAACUUCAAAUUCUUACAAGCUCCGUGGAAAGGUGGGAUAGCAGUGGAGUCGAUCAACUCUCGUACUACAUCAGAACUUCCUACACCACACUUCUGAAAUUUAAUAAGGAACUCGGGGACGAUUUAGCUAAAAGGCAAAGAACCUAUGCAUUCGACAAGUAUAUAGACGAUUGGAAAAAUUACAUGAGGACAAGCUUCACUCAGUCUAGGUGGUUCUUCACAAACAAAUUGCCUUCUUUUGCUGAUUACCUGAGCAAUGGUGCGAUCACAAUCGGAGCUAUUCUUGUAUCAUCAGCAGCUCUCUUGUACAUGGAUUGUGCCUCAGAGGAUGUUAUCAACUGGCUGUCAACUAAUCCAAAACUUAUGGCUGCUUACUCAACACAUAUGCGAUUGAUGAAUGAUUUUGGAGGUCACAAGUUCGACAAAGAAAGGGGCAGUGGCACAGCGCUUGAAUGCUACAUGAAGGACUAUAAUGUAUCAGAGGAAGAGGCAGCCAGAAAGUUUCGAGAGAUGUGGGAGGAUACUUGGAAGGUUAUGAACGAGGAAUGCUUGAGGCCUACUCCCAUUCCAAGGGAUGUUCUCAAAAUGCUUCUCAACAUCACAAGAUGGUGCAUGUUGAUGCCUUCAAGGGAUUGGCCCUAUGAAUGCAGGCAGUAUCAGUUAGCGAAAUUUCAGUAUGAUUCUUUGGUGAAGCUAUUUUUGGUGGUUCAACUUAAGAUUGUAGUCAAAUGGGUUGCCUCUCAUUCGAAUGGCGAGGGUCUUGAGGUAUGGCUUAUGGAUUAUGCUGGCUUUGAUAGGGUGUCUUUUGGUGGGGAUAGUGCUAGUGGCAACUUAGCACAUAACAUGGCGUCGAGGGUUUGGCUGGAGAUACUAGACGGCUUCAAUCUUGAUGCAAUUUUUCUCAAUUGUCCUUUUGUUUGGGGGAAAGAUCUAAUCAGUAUUGAGCUAACGAAAUUACAGGCAAAGGCCUAUGUUGAGGGCAUCUGGCAUUAUGUUCACCCAAAAUCUACGAGGGUUGAUGAUCUAUUGUUGAAUCCUCUGAUAGAACCAAACCUUUUGAAGCUAGGCUGCAAAAGGGUGUUGAUGUGA